AUGUCGAACCCCCUUGUCGAUGGUGGUAUUCCCACCCUGAAUGGCGUGCACCCGUCUGAGUCAAAUGAAAAGGUGACGACAAUUCCCAACCCGGAAAACGACCAGGCGGCUGCUUCGGAGCAAUCGCAAUUGCAGGAUCUAGUUAACGGGGACAAUAGCCAGGGGCGGCCUCAAAUGCCAGACCGUGAUUUUGAUUCCAGCAUCUCUACCAGCAAUGCCGACUUUGAUGAUCUGAUGGUCUCUAAUGGUAAACCCAAUGGAGUCCACGACGGACAUGCCAAUGGUUCGGCAAAAAGCUAUGCCGCAGUUGCUGCUAAAGGAGAACAAAACGGUGGCAAAAACCAAGAUGCAGACGAUCUUGAUAAAAGUUACGCCGAUGUUGUUGCAAACCGAGACGCGAAAGACAGCAGAGGAAUCGAUGAUUGGACUUACCCCAAGCUGCCCAUUACCGCCCAACCCAAGGACCUCAAAACUGCGAGCUGGCGCGCUGGAGGAAUCCGCUUCGCGCCUCUACGAGUGCCCAUGAGGCGACGAUCACAGACAGCAGCAGUCUUGUUUCAUUGCAUGUCCAUUGCCACAUUUGUCUCGGCUUUUUGGUUAAUUUGCGCCAACCCACUUGCCUGGCCUAUUAUCAUCCCUUACCUAAUUCAUCUUGCUCUAUCAACUGCUGGUACUAAUGGAAACUUGACAUACCGCUCAGAAUGGGUUCGAAACCUAAAGGUGUGGAAGCUUUUUGCUGGAUAUUUCCCCAUGAAGCUGCACAAAACGCACGACCUACCUACCGAUAGGAAGUACAUUUUCGGAUACCAUCCCCAUGGUAUUAUUUCCCAUGGUGCCUUUGCCGCUUUCGGUACUAAUGCCCUUGGGUUCCGUGAGCUCUUUCCUGGCAUCACAAACACGUUACUAACUCUCGACUCCAACUUCCGCCUCCCCUUCUAUCGCGACUAUAUCAUGCUUCUUGGUCUGCAGUCAGUCUCGAAGGAGUCGAUCUGGAAUCUCCUUUCCAAGGGUGGACCUAAGAACGAUGGCCGAGGCCGUGCUGUUACCAUCGUUGUUGGAGGUGCCCGCGAGUCGCUCGAAGCUCAACCAGGCAGCCUUCGUUUGAUCCUCAAAAGCCGUAAGGGAUUUGUCAAGAUGGCUCUUCGGGCCGGGGCCGACCUCGUUCCUGUUAUCGGGUUUGGCGAGAACGACCUUUACGACCAAUUGAGCCCGAAGACGCACCCAAUCGUUCACCGGAUCCAAAUGAUCCUUCUCAAGGUCUUCAAGUUUACUGUUCCUGCUCUCCAUGGUCGUGGUGUGCUGAAUUACGAUGUUGGUCUUAUGCCAUACCGCCGGCCAGUCAACAUCGUGAUGGGUCGACCCAUCCAGGUUGACAAGGCUCAUGGACCUCAGCCAGCUCAGAAGGAUAUCGACGAGCUGCACGAACGUUAUGUCCAAGAGGUUGAGAAGUUGUGGGAAACAUAUAAGGAUCAGUUUUCAGCUGAGCGUAAGACUGAAAUGGAGAUUAUUGCCUAA